CAUUCUUUCUCCCUUCUUUCCCCUCCCCUUCGCGAUUGACUGUGGGCCAAUGGCUGACAAGAGGGGCCCGUUCUCGGCCAUCUUCGCGCUGCUCAACGCCUUCGAUGUGUGGCUGGCAAGGCGAUACUACGUACUUUCGAGGGCCAUUGGCCGCAGCCCCAAGGCCGUCGCUGUUGGUUGCUGUGUCGUCGCCGCGCUCGGUCUAUUGUGCUUCCUGCUAUUGGUGCGAGAAGAGAAUAGGGCGGAGAAGCUGUAUUUUGACCAGGACAGCGAGGCGGCAAAGGUGGAGAAGCGCUACGAAGACAUCUGGGAGAAAAAGGGUUUGAGGGUCGGUUCGGUGCUGCUCGUGUGGCGGGGUAAGCUGACAAAUGAGUGCAGAUGAGCAGAGGUUGUUACUUCUUGCCGACAUGCUCUGGCUUCGUGCAGGUGAUUUUGGUGGCAACGUGUUGGACGUGCAGCAAUUCAAGGCUGCAUAUUCCAUCUUCUCCGAGCUGUACACCUUGCCCUUCGACUACAACGGCCGUCAGCUGACUUACGAAGACAUAUGCUUCCGCCCGUCUGGCCCCGGCACGCCAUGUGUCGUCACGUCCAUAUUCUCUGCCUGGGGAAUCCCGCCAUUGGACCAGAGUGUCAUCGACGGUGUGACAACGAGACAGGAGAUACUUGAUCGGCUCAACGACCCUGCCGCAAUGGAUCACCGAAACGAGCCUCUGGUGGAGUCGCUGCCGAGCAUCCUUCCCAAGGUCAAGAGAGACCAAGAUGGAGACAUCAUCGAGGCGACCUCUUUCCAGGUAUGUCCAAAUACCAAGGAAGAGCGCUGCUUUCAAUGGCAUUUCUGCCCGCAUUGGGUCAGUUCACCUUUGUGACCAGCGGCAGCGAGGACAAGGCACUUGAGUUUGAGGAUGCAUUUGUCAAGGCAGUCCUCGACCCUGACACCGACGAGUACGGCAAGAUUGGCGGAUUCAAUGUCUAUCCAGUCACGGAAAGCUCUCUCAACAACGAGCUGGACAAAAGCACCUCUGAGGACUUCCCUUUGAUGGUACAGAGAAAGAGCUGCUGUGUAUACAGAGCUUCACACUGUACUGCGUGUCUCAGGUGGUGGCCUUUGUUGUCAUGGUCAAUUUUGCGAUCACAGUGACCCUCAAAGUUGGCAAUCUCGUCCGGUCUUGCACGGGGCUGGUGAGCAUCACUGCGAUUAAGGGUACACACACCUCCCUAUGGUCUGGUCGAUCAUCGUGCAUGUUUGCAGGCGACACUGGGCGUCUUUGGUGUGGGCAUGGGGCUCAUCACAGGGUUUGGCCUGGGUGUGCUGUUCGGUGAGGAUGCAGCAUGCAAGACGAUAGAAGAGAUACACACAGCCAGGUCUUGUCUGUCGUAUGUGUAGGUGUGCCCUUUGUGAGCAUAGUUGGCACCGCCCCCUUCCUCGUGGUCGGUAUAGGAAUCGAUGACAUGUUCAUCCAGAUCGCCACCUUUGACGAGCAAGACCCCGAUGAAGAGCCCGAGGAGCGAGUGGCCAAGGCGAUGCAGGCUUUGGGCCGUCCAUCACCAUGA